GCAGGGCACGGCAGAGCCAGGCAGAGGCUAGCAGAGCCGAGCCGGGCAGAGGCGAGCAGAGGCAGACAGGGCAGGCACAGGCCAGGACUGUGGCAGACGGGACCCGACCGGACCGGGCUCAAACCGCAGGGAGCAGGGCGCGCAGCCAGCAGCAGCAGCCAGAGCUAAGCCCACAGGGCCUGUCAGUGACAAAGGAUGGGGUCUGGCUGCAUCAAAGUCACCAAGUACUUUCUCUUCCUCUUCAAUCUGCUUUUUUUUGUCUUGGGAGCCAUGAUGCUCGGGUUUGGAAUAUGGAUUCUGGCCGACAGAAGCAGCUUCAUCUCUAUUCUGCAGACCUCAAGCAUCCUGAAGAUUGGGGCAUACAUCUUCAUUGGGGUUGGAGCCGUGACCAUGAUCGUGGGCUUCAUGGGUUGUGUUGGUGCAAUCAAUGAGAUCCGAUGCCUGUUGGGGCUGUACUUUGCUGCCCUCCUUCUGAUCCUUGUGGCCCAGGUGACAACUGGAAUCCUUGUCUACGUCCACUCAGACGCAGUGAAGGAGGAAGUGAGCACCAUAGUGAGCGAUCUGAUUUCGAAUUAUGACCCUGACAACCAUGAACAGAAAACUAUUCAGGAUGCCUGGGAUUAUGUACAAUCACAGGUGUCGUGCUGUGGCUGGACCAGCUACCUUAACUGGACGGCUAAUGUCAACCUCAUGAAUAGGACAGAGGUCACCUACCCGUGUUCCUGCAGCAACACGUCAUCAUUUGAUAUAAAUGAGGAGGACUUGAUCAGGAAUGGCUUCUGCACGCUCUCCAAUAAUACCCAGGUCAACGAUCCUGACAUGUGGCCUGUUUACACCAAGGGUUGCAUGGAGAGGGUGCAGAAAUGGCUACAGGACAAUCUCGGCGUCAUUCUCGGAGUCUCUAUUGGAGUAGCAGUCAUUGAGCUCCUGGGAAUGAUACUGUCCAUCUGCCUGUGCCGACAUGUCCACUCAGAAGACUACAGCAAGGUCCCCAAGUACUGAGGUGGCCCUGACUGCCUCCUGCCCCACCCUCCUGCUGUGCAGGGCUCCGGACAUUCUUGCUUUCUCAGGAGCCCCCGAAGGUCCCAGCAAAUCAUAUCCCAGCCCCCUCCCUCAUUUGUGGCCUUCCCCCAAAUCUGGAGGCUCCAGACCCCAGGCUCGUACUACAGGCCUUGUCUGAAGAAACACCCCUCGUUCCCCCUGGCCUGAUCCCUUCCUGCCUGGUCUGUUUUCAGAACUCUUAGACGACCGCUUGGAAAGGUUUUGUCUUCCUGUUCUGGAUGGAGAUGGAAAGUCGACUUGCAUCUUUUGUCUCCCUAUCCCCCUUUGACUCUCAGCCCUGUCCUUUCCUAUGUCCCCUUUCUCCCUUACUGCCUUUCAGGGUUUUCUUAUUGAUACAAAGAAAUGAUUUCCUUCACACUCCUAACCAGCCACAAUUUGGCAUGGGUUGUUCAGAGGAACGGGCAGUCCCUUCUCCUUCCCACAGGCUAUACUGAAGUCCCACUGCCUUUCUCCUUCUCCCUGGGGGGACCAUGAAAUAGGGCUUGUGGCUAGGGGCUGCCAAAGGGCCAUGUCUAACCCUCUCACAUAUGACUUUUGGAAGGAUGGGCUGAUUUUUCUCUAAUAUGACCCUACUGCUAAGGUCCUAACCUAUCCUUUAAGGCCCCCUGCUCGGUGCCUAGAGGCUCAGGUUACCACCUGCCACCACCUGAGUGUCACCACUGUGCUGACUCAGCUGCCAUUGGCCAAGACUUGGUACAAAUUCAGUGGGGGUCACAGCUGUGCGAUCAGGGGUAGGCCCUGGCAGCCAAAGAAGGGUUACCCACCUGGUGCUGCUGAAUAACAGGUCUCACCAACCUAGCACCCCAACCACAAGAAUGAGAGGGAGAGGGUCCUAGCUUCAGGGAGAAAUCUGCCUUCCUUUUAUGGUCUCCAAAUACUAUUUAGAGGGCACCUGGGAAGACAGCAGUGGCUGGUUAUGAGUGUGAACAUAUGUGUACGUGUGUAAGGGGAGAGGGAUGAUGGGAGGGAGGGAGGGGUGGACCCUGGAUCCCAACAGUCGUCUGGCAACAAAAUUAGCCUGAAGUUUCUAUAAGUAGUAGCUUCCUGGGGAAGCAGGAAAUAAAUUGGCUUCCUUCUCUAAGAAGCUAGGUCCCUUUUUCAGGUGGCAACUUCCCAGAGAGGCGGCCCAGCGCCUUGGGGUAGAGGUAGGCAUUGGGAAGAUUGCGUGUACAGACCUGAGAAGCUCAGAACUAGACAGGGUAGAGAGCUCAGAAAUAAACUGGAUUUGUAACAAA